AUGGCUUCCCCAGUGCCACUUUUGAGGCCACCGCAGCCUGGUGGUGCGAAGGGAGGUCGCCCCAACCUCAAACUGGGCCUCGCUAUACCACCAUCUCCGAAUCAAAGGCCUGUUCCACCAGAAGCAGAGAAUGCUGGUGGUGUUCCAAGAUUCAGUCUUGCGUCAAGAGAAGGUGCCCCAAAGCUAUCACUGGCAACACCUAUGGGUUCACAAGGACAACCUCUUGAGCAGGUCGGCUCUCGACCAACAAAACCAAAGUUGUCCAUGUCUACUUCAUCGGAAAAUAGCAACAGGUCUCGAUCAGAUUCACAACACGAUCCCUCGAUGCCUCCGUCUGCCUCCUCGAGUACGUACUCAUCGCUUUCCUUCAUAAGUCAAAGCCGUCACACGCCAGAUCCCUCCUCCGCAAUCUCGGUAGGUGGUGCUUCUAUGGAUCAAGAGAACAGUAUGAGCGGCAUCAGCAUAGACUUUGGACAGUUAUCAAUAGAAAGAGGUCACCCGAUAGAUGUCGGGGACCUAGAUGAUGAUGGUUGGGCAGCCGCCUCGGAGCAGAAGAAGAUUAUAGAACUCGGUCCAUUAGGUGAAGGUGCAGGUGGAGCUGUGACGAGGUGUCAGCUAGACAGUGGGAAAACCGUCUUCGCUCUCAAAAUCAUCACCACAAGUCCCGAUCCGGACGUCAAGAAGCAGAUUCUGCGGGAGCUCAAGUUCAACAAAAAUUGCACAAGCGACUAUAUUUGCCUCUACUAUGGUGCUUUCAUGGACAAGUCCAGCUCAACCAUCAGCAUAGCCAUGGAGUUCUGCGAGGGAGGUUCACUCGACUCGAUAUACAAGGAAGUCAAGAAGCUUGGUGGUCGUACCGGCGAGAAAGUCCUUGGAAGAAUAGCAGAGGGCGUACUUCAUGGUCUUACAUAUUUAAACAGCCGCAAGAUCAUACAUCGAGACAUCAAGCCAUCGAACAUCCUCCUCUGUCGAAACGGUCAAGUCAAGCUAUGUGACUUUGGUGUUUCGGGCGAAUUCGGUACCAAGGGCGAUGCAAACACUUUUAUUGGCACCUCUUACUACAUGGCACCCGAACGAAUUCAGGGUCAAUCCUACACUAUCACCUCCGAUGUAUGGUCACUAGGAGUUACUCUUCUGGAGGUUGCUCAGCAUCGAUUUCCAUUCCCAGCCGACGGCACAGAGAUGCAGCCCAGAGCAGGAUUGAUCGAUCUACUGACAUACAUCGUUGCGCAACCAAUACCGAAACUAAAAGAUGAACCAGACAAUGGCAUCAAGUGGAGUGAAGGUAUGAAAUACUUUAUUGAGUGUUGUUUGGAGAAAACACCAACACGAAGAGCCACACCUUGGAGAAUGCUGGAGCACCCGUGGAUUGUCGAGAUGAAGGGCAAGAAAGUCAACAUGGAGGCGUUCCUUAAGCAAGUCUGGGACUGGCCUUGA